GAAAUGUCAAAAUAAGAAAUUCGCGGGCGAUUUCUUUAGAGCCCCACGUUUUAUAUCUCAUUCAAUUAAGUUUACUCACAUAAAUUGUAUUGUUUAUAAGUGUAAUUAUAGUUUCAGUUGCUAAAUCUUUGCAUUAUUAUCAGAAUCAAGGAGGUUACUGAGCCUUGCGCGACUACGGAUAUUGAUUUUUGAAGUAUUGAUUUUCUUGAGCAUAAAUAUUAAUAGAUGGCUAGACACAAAAUUGCAGCUGUAGAGGUCCAUGCUGAAGAUGAUGACUUUGACCCGGAUGAUUCCUUCGGCAUCAGCGUUGACCUCAUCGACGAACGAUUAUACUUAGGAAACUUGGCAUGUGCAAGGGAUUACAAAUCAUUGGAACAGCUGCAGAUAACACACAUACUCACCAUAGAUGUGGUGCCACUUCCUCGGUCAAUACUAGAGAAAGCCAACCUUGUCUUCCAUUAUGUAAAAUUGGCUGAUGUGCCCAAGGAGGAUCUAAUAAGUCACCUGCCAGAGACCAACAACUUCAUCAAGCAAGCUAUUGCAGAUGGAGGAACAGUUCUGGUGCACUGUCAUUUUGGAGUGUCACGGUCAGCAGCUGUAGUAAUAAGCUACAUCAUGGAAAAGUAUGGCUUGUGCUAUGAAGAAGCAUUUACCCUAGUGAAGAGUAAAAGAAGGUUUGUGGGCCCAAAUGUGGGCUUUGUGGCCCAACUGAAGUUAUUUGGGCACAUGGGCUACACAAUCAACAGGGAUGAUCCACGGUUCAAACAGUUCCGAUUAAAGUUGGCUGGACAGAAAUUAAAAGAAGUGAAGAUCUUGCCCCAGUUGUUUGCGGAUCUGGUGAAGCCGGAUCCAGGGCUGGUGAGGGAGCGACCAGACCCCAUUGUGUACCGCUGCAAGAAGUGUCGGCGUAUCGUGGCCAACCAGAGCAAUAUUAUACCACAUAUACCUAAACCUGUUAAGGUGGAAUUGGCUAAGAAAGGUAUUCGUCCUCCACCGAGCAAGUUAACAGGCCUGACAUGCGCGGAGAACGGGGAGAUAUUACUGGAGAAGCUGAAGAGCCUCGCGUCACAGAUCAUGGAGAUGCGGUGCGAUGACCAGUACGAAGAUAGCAGUCCGGGGCAGAGCCAGAGCCACAGUCAGCCCAGUGAUAGUGAGGAGGGAACCAGUCAGGAUCCACGCCAAGCGUUAGACGGGUACAACGAGAUGAACAUGGUGGACUCGAACAUUGCGGCGCGCGCUGAUCUGCCCGAGAUCUGCCGGCUCAUGUGGUUCGUGGAGCCGAUGGCCUGGAUGCGGGACGUCACGCACGCCACGCAGGGCAAGCUGCACUGCCCCAAAUGUCUCAAUAAGAUUGGCUCUUUCAGCUGGAUCAUGGGUUGCAAGUGUCCGUGCGGACAGAAGGUGGCGCCGGCGUUCUACCUCGUGCCUUCCAAAGUGGAGUGGUCCAACAUCGUUCAGAAUGUGCAGAUUACCGUGUGAAGCUCAAUAGUGUACUACACACAGGAACAUUAUAAUCGGUAUCAUGGAACAAAAAUGACGAAAACUUAUAUGGCUGUAAUCAAAAUCAAUAUUGCUACUCAUAAGGUUUAG